CUUUACCUUUCUUCUUUCUUUCAUUUUGGGUUUCAUCCGAUAGAUUUACACAACAGUCACAACAGUUCUGGAAGUUUAACCCGCCAGCACAAUGAUAGCCUUACGUAGAAUAGUUUAUAAUAGACAAUUUGAACAACUCCUUAGGACGAUGUCCGCUACUAAGGCCAGUUAUAUCACUGGAGGCAAAGUGUGCCAAAACGAUAGUAAUCUACCGGCAUUGCAAAAUCCAUUUGCCUCUUCCAUUGCAAGGCAUUUUAGUUUAACAAAAUCACAUCAAAAAUACAAUAAAAAGGAUGUGGAAUCGGAUAGUGAAGACGAAGAGGAAACUGAGUUUAAGGAUGAGAGAGACUCCAAAGUUGUCAAAGCCAAAGUCAAUUCACUGCGAGCCGAUUUGAUAUUGAAAGCCGGUUUGGGAAUGGCCAGAAACAAAGUUGAAAACAUAUUCUAUGAGAGUAGAAUACGUGUAAAUGGUAAAAAGCUGCAAAAGAAAAGUGUUCAGCUCCACGAUGGUGACGAAAUUGAUGUCAUACGAGGUUUCAGCCAGACCAAUCCAUCUCAUUUGAUAGUAUCUCGUGUCAUAAUUCUUUCGGAAGCUGAGCGUGAAGAGGGAUUCAGUGUCCAAUUGAGACGUUAUAAAAGUCUACUUAUUGAAAACUAUUCCGGCUCAAAUGCUUUCAAGGCUUCUGGUGGAGGGGAUCACUGACGGACAUUUAAUUGAAAGACUUGUGUUAUAUUACAGAGACCAAAGUGUGAAAUGCCGAUUGUUAAAUUCUAAAAUUAUAGUCAAUUAUUAAAAAUUCAACUAAGAACCUAAGGAUUUUUAACUUAGCUAAUAUAAAUACCAACAUAAUUCCUAAAAUAUCAGGCUCAAAUCGAAAAACUAUUGAUUAAAUGAGAUUAAAAUUUAAAA